GAACUUACUUGGAGAAAAACAAAGGUCUGAUAGAGCCUAAAUCUGAAAUUCCCACUUUCACUAUAUUGUUCUUUGAUAAUUUUAAUGAGCACAACGCCUCUUUUUUUGGAUGGUUAAGUUUGUGAUCAAUGGACUUUCAGUCUGUGGAGAGGAUAAUCUCAAUAAUUUAUCAACCACAGACCGUGUUCCGCAUUCGUCUUGUUAACCGUUGUUCCUCAACAAUAGCUGGUCACCCAGAAGCUGUUCUUUCUGUUGCUUUCAAUCCUGAUGGGCAGCAUUUGGCAAUUGGUUCUGGUGAUACCAUUGUCCGACUGUGGGACCUAAAUACUAAGACACCAAUGCUCACAAGACACAAGAAUUGGGUUCUUUGUGUCGCGUGGUCAUCAGAUGGAAAGCAUCUCGUGAGUGGUAGCAAGCUGGAGGACUACAAUGUUGGGACCCAGAGACAGGGAAGUCAUCAGGCUAUCCACUGAUUGUAAAGUCUUUAUCCUAAAGUAACUAUGUUAUUGAUAUUUUAUUGUCUGUUGUCUUGCUCUUGGGGCAUGUUAAAAGCAGUAGAGUAUUUUUGUCCUGGUUUUAGUUGGUUGUUUUUUGCCAAUUUAACCAUUGAAAUUAAUAUUUUGAAUCUAC